GUGUUGUUAUUGGUGUGUGGGUCCGUCAGUGUGUGAGUGACUCAGUGCGGGAGGACGUGCUCAUAGUGAUGGUGAUUAGUUUGUAAUUAACACUAAACAAUGUCUAAUGCAGCACCGCCCAGGAGGACCGGGGCGAUGAAGAUACGUCUUACAAUUCUCUGCGCCAAGAAUUUGUCAAAGAAGGAUUUUUUCAGUUUGCCGGACCCGUUCGCCAAGAUCAGCGUGGAGGGCUCUGGCCAGUGUCACUCUACGGACACCUGUCGCAACACACUCGACCCCAAGUGGAACCAGUACUAUGACCUAUAUGUUGGUAAGGGCGAUGGCAUUACGAUCAGUGUUUGGAACCGUCGCAAGAUCCACAAGAAGGCUGGUAGCGGCUUCCUGGGGUGCGUCCGUAUCGUGGCCUCUGCUAUACACAGGCUCAAGGACACUGGCUACCAAAGACUGGACCUAACACGAAUUGGUCACGACGACUGUGAACCUGUGCGGGGGCAAAUAGUGGUGUCUCUAAUGUCAAGGGAUGGCAGAGGAACUGGCUCCCAUAAUGCUGUUGUUGACACAUUGGGAAAUCUCUCUUCGCCAGAUGACCUGCCCGAGGGCUGGGAGGAGAGGCGAACUACUACUGGUCGUUUAUAUUACGUAAACCAUCAUGACCGCACUACCACCUGGGAGCGACCAACAUUACCGGCACACAUAAUAGUGGAGCGCAGACGGCGUGACAAGACGUACGUGUGUCCAUGUGCCAUCUAUGUCUUCCUCUCGUCUGUCUUCUCCUGUGUUGCUCCCAAGACCUGCAACUCCCCUCCCUGCUCCUCUGAUUGUCCCUCAUCCUCGGGUUCUCCAAACUGUGCCAGAGAUUCUAGUCAAGCAUGCCCCUCAUCCUGUGCUUCUUCCAGCUGUGUAGGAGGCUAUAGUCACAUUCAACCUUCUACAUCCUCUUCCUUAGAUCCUAACUGUUGUGUAGUAUAUCACAAGUCUUCUACUCACAUACCCAACCAACCUACACUAUCAUCUGCACCAGUCCCCUGCAUAGUUGGCUGUAAUGAGGCCUGUCCUCCCUACACUGCCCCUGGCUCUCCCUGCACUCGGCCCUCCCCCUCUUCUCGGUGUGACCCAGCAUCGACCUCACGACACAGUGCCGCGUGUUGCAGGCCAGGUGACACAAGCAUUCUGGGUUCUCCGAGCAGACAUUCCACUUCAUCCAACACCAUUGCUGCGAGCACAGCUUCCACCACGUCGCCAGUUGGAGGAAAUAUAGUUCUGAGCAAUCCCAAUACGAGUUCUUCAGACAUACCACAGGAAGGAACACCAGGUAGAAGGGAUCCCAGGGACAGGGAGCACAGGAGGAGUAGGGCAGGAAGUGUAGAACGGGUUAGUCAGCGAGAUGCCGGUGAAUCUAGACGAAAUCCAGAUUCAGUUCGGAGACGAUCUGCACGACAUCGACAUUACCUUUCCCGCAACCAGCUUCAUCAACCACCAGAUCUUCCCGAUGGUUUUGAAAUGCGAACCACACAGCAGGGCCAAGUAUACUAUUACAACAUUCACACUGGAACGUCCACCUGGCAUGACCCCAGAGUGCCUCGUGAUUUAGGCCAGGUCAACAUCGAUGAGAUAGCACCUCUUCCAGGAGGAUGGGAACUGAGACACACUCCGAGUGGCCGGCCUUACUUCCUGGAUCACACUAACCGCACAACACAGUUCACUGAUCCUAGGCUCUCUAAUAGUCAUAUUCUCAACAACAUUCUCAGGAACCGCAGUGAGGGAAGUAAUCGAACAAGUAUAAUAGAAACGGGAAGUAACGGUGAUACUAGAAGCCAUAUGAAUAUUGACAGUUCUGUGUCUAACAGCAGUGUUCCAAAUAAUAGAAAUAAUAGAUCCUCUAGCAGUAGAAGAAAUAGCUCGUCUCGAAGUAGAGGGCCGUCUCCCGAGUCUAACAUACCAGGAGAAACUAUUCCCAAUAUUGUGCCUAAUAGCGAAGAACCAAAUAGCUCAAUUGUUAAUGGUACUGCAGGUAGCCCAAGUGUUGCACCCACUAGCAUUAACACUAGCAACAAUAUAGGCAGUGAAGGAAGUGGGGUGACUACUAGUGCAGACAGCAGUAACACAGUGGUGCUCCAGAAUAACAGCACCAACCUACAAAUAAGUAGUAACAAUAAUAUGUCUGGGUCCAAGGAGCCAGCAGUGAUAGAUGUGGAGGCUGACUGUCUGCCUAAGUAUAAGCGUGAUUUAGUUGCUAAGAUGAAGGUAUUGAGAGCAGAGUUGCAGUGUCUUCAACCUCAGAGUGGUCACUGUAGGUUGGACAUUCCACGUGGUGAAGUCUUUGAGGAAUCUUAUAGACAAAUCAUGAAAAUGAGACCAAAGGACUUGCGCAAGAGAUUAAUGGUGAAGUUUAAAGGAGAAGAAGGACUGGAUUAUGGUGGUGUUGCUCGUGAAUGGUUGUACCUUCUCUCUCACGAGAUGCUCAACCCCUACUAUGGUUUGUUCCAGUAUUCCAGGGAUGACAUCUACACUCUCCAAAUUAAUCCAGACUCCAGCGUUAACCCGGAGCACUUGUCAUAUUUCCAUUUUGUCGGCCGUGUGAUAGGGAUGGCAAUAUUUCAUGGGCACUACAUUGAUGGUGGCUUCUCCAUGCCAUUCUACAAAAUGUUGCUGAAUAAACUCAUCAUUCUUGAUGAUAUCGAAGCUGUUGAUCCGCAUCUUCAUCGUUCGCUUAAUUGGAUGCUGGAAAAUGACAUCACAGAUGUCAUUGACAGCACUUUUACUGUUGAGCACGAGAGCUUUGGUGUUCUUCAGAUGAGAGAACUGAAGACGGGGGGUAGUAGCGUGGUGGUCACAGAAGACAACAAAAAGGAAUAUGUUAGGUUGUAUGUCAACUAUAGAUUUAUGCAGGGUAUUGAGCAACAGUUUGCAGCUCUUCAAAAAGGCUUCACUGAAGUUGUCCCACAGCAGCUGUUGAAGCCUUUUGAUGAACGAGAACUAGAACUGAUCAUUGGCGGUUUAGGAAAAAUAGAUAUUGAAGAUUGGAAAGCCAACACAAGACUCAAGCACUGCACUCCAGAAACACCUGUGGUUGGGUGGUUCUGGCAGAUAGUUGACUCAUACACUGAGGAAAUGAGAGCACGACUGCUGCAGUUUGUGACGGGAUCAUCUCGUGUGCCACUACAAGGCUUCAAAGCUCUGCAGGGCUCUACUGGUGCUGCAGGACCCAGACUUUUUACCAUUCAUCAAAUUGAUGCUCCAACAGAAAACCUGCCAAAGGCACAUACGUGUUUCAAUCGCAUUGAUCUUCCCGCAUACGAGUCACAUAGCAAGAUGCUGGAGAAGCUUACCCAGGCUGUAGAGGAAACCUGUGGGUUUGCUGUAGAGUGAGUUAUGAGUGUAAUACCAAUCUUUUAAAAAGAGGCAUGAAAUUAUUUGUGUAAAGUAUAUGACUCGUGUUUAUGAAUAAAAUGUGAUAAAUAAUAUCAAAACAAAAAAUAUUUUGUGAAACAGUUUACAUAUGAAGACAAUGACUUGAGUAAUCCUACUAAUGAUAAUAUUGAAAUAUUUAGUGAAAUAUUUAGUCAUUAGUAUCCCUUUUUUUAAAUUUAAAGUAAAAUGGUGUUAGUCAUUUUUUUAACUAUCAACGUGCAAUUUGUUUUAAGAUAAUUUGAAGUUAAUUUUAAUAAAUAUGAAUUUUAUUUAUCUUUUAUGAUGUAUAAACAUUUAAUGCGUGCUAUUAUUUUUUAAAAUUUGAAGUCUUCACAAAAACUAAAUGUGGAAUGUAAAUAAAUGACAAAUAGAAGUUUUAAAAACAAGUAAUUUAUGCAUAUUUUAUGUAUGGAGAGGAAGCAUAUGAUAGCCUGCCUUCCUGCCUGUGCACUUGUUAAUUUAUCUCUUUAAGUGAUCUGUUAAGAGCAGUUCUCGGGGUGUCUUCCACCUCACAAGUGGUAAUGAUGAAUUCCAAUCAAGAUUCACUAGUGUUUACAACUGAGCCACACUUGGUGUUCAGUGUCAAAAAACUGUGAUAGCAAUACAGUUCCAACUUCCAGAGGAAAUGACACUUUGUAGGCCUAUAUCAGAUGCACCGAUUCUUGUUAGGUCUAAAUUGUUGAAUUGUUUACAAGUGGUCUUAAUCCAAUUUGUGAUCCAUGAUUUAUUUAUUGACGUUAGUGAGAUUUUUGUAGUUCAUUACUUGUAAGAGAAGUGUACAUUGUGAUGAUCAGUAGUACCACCCAUUUAGUUGGGUUUUCUUGUACUACUUAUUUUAUACACCUUCAUGACAACAUAUCAAAGGGGAUCACACAAUAUUUUUACUGCCAAGGUAAAGAAAGAGAUCAUUAGAGUUUUCUCUGAGUAAUAUGAGAUUAUGUAUGAAUGAAAACACAUUAAAAAUGCUAUUGUAUUUAUGAUAGGGCUGUAGUUAGAUAAGUGCAUGCCCCCGCAACCCGGGCCCAAAUCCCCUACUCUCAUACACUCCGUGUCAACAAGAAGUUGGAAAAAUCUCAUUGCAACUCUCAUUAAUACAUCCAUGUACAGCACUUCUCUAUAUGCAAGAUGCAUUAAUACUUACAUAUAAAGUACCUACUUCAAUAUAUACAAAUGCAAUAAUUACAUGAUAGUUUUUAAAUACUGUACUGUAUACAAAAUUAAUACAUACACACACUGUACAUCAAUAUAUAAAUCAAUAUAUAAAUGUAUUAAUACAUGCAUAUACAAUAAUAUACAUAUAUUUUUCACAUUAAUACACACAUUUCCAAUAUUUUGGUAUACAAAAAUUUCAGUCAAGAUACAUAUUGAAAACUGCCAUAAGUAACAUUUGUCGAGUGCUGGCCAAAGUCGGGCCUUAACCUCAAGCCAGGACAUUGAUGCCUACGUGAACGUGAAUCUCAAUUUGAUCCUUGCUGUCUGGUGCCUCAUAUCAGUGUAUCAGUCACAGUAAUUUAGCAUUUAAAGAAUUGGUUUGUGAAAGUGUGUUGCGUUGCCAAGUUGUUGAAUGAAUCAUUCUUGUUAAGAGUGUCUUGCUAUUUGAUGCAGUUUUAAGAGACUCAAGUGUGCUGUGUGAAAGUUCAUGCCACCCAUUAUUGUAGAUAAUGUUCACCACAUCAUCAUGUUAGGUGUGCACUGGAGCUGCAGAAGGUGUACUUUAUAAAGUUUGGAUGUUUCAAUAACAUUAUAUACUGUACUUCACAAACUGGUAAUACUCAAAACUGUUUAUUUUACCCAUGAAAAAAAAUAGUAGGUACAUUCCAAGUUUUAUUUUAUUAAGUAGUACAAUUGAUAAAGAAUAUAAUUAUUUAAGGCAGCUUAAUUUAAUUUUUUUUUUGGCUUUUUUAGAACCAGAUAUUUUUUAUUAUCAGUCAUAAAUAAUAUCUUUUAGAAAUUGUUAAAAGUAUAAUUAAAACCGAGUUAGGUAACUGGGGUGUGCUUUACCAUGAGCAAUAGGUAGGUUUACAUCAUUGGAAAUCCAAUUAAAUUAUACUGUAUGGCCUAAAUACAUAAAUGUUAUUUACUCUUGUGCCAA